AAUAUCGAAUUUCGUAAUUAUAGUAAAUUAUAUUUCGUUAGUUGUACCUACUAUUAUCUCAUAUGUCUAAAGAGUAUAGGAGGUCCUCAACCAGAAGCAAUGAGCUGGCGAGACCUAUAAGUAACAAACAAACACUGGUCAGAACUUACCAGCCUACGUACCAACUCAACCCAAAAAAGCGUUUCGACGCGGAUCAAGUGCAGAAGAUACUGCAACGCGUGGUUACCUAUGAACUGGACGAGGUUGAAUAUAGCGAGAAACAAGUACCCGAACUUUGCCUCAGUUUGGCUGAAUCCGUACGUAAUGCUGUCAAAGAAGAAAACUAUAACAGGUACAGACUAAUAGUGACGGUGACCAUCGGCCAACGACGGCAGCAGAGCGUACAUAUAUUCCACUCGUUCCUGUGGGACCACGAGCGCGAUUCUUUCGCCGCGUUCAACUAUGAGAAUUGCCAUUUAUUCGCAAACAUCGCCGUCUACGGCGUCUAUUUAGAUUAA